AUGGGUCUCAAGCUCUCGCGCCCGCAGCCGUCGGGCGACGGCAACAGCCGUCCGGAUGGGCCCCGACCGCGUGGCAACCAGCAGGGCGACGAGAUCUCGGCCGAGGCGCGCGCCGAGUUCACGGUGGACGACAUCCACAGCCCGGAGAACACGCGGCGCGCGCAACGGCUGCGGAGCAGCGACCACGACCGCUUCUGCAAGUACCGCAACUACUUCAAGAACCACCACAUGUCGCUGGCGCGCGAGGUGGGCCGCAAGACCAGCAAGAGCAAGGCCGAGCUGCUGCGCUGGGUCGAGGACGCCGUCGGGCCGCUUGAGGAGGGCAGCACGUGCACGAAAGACAAGAUCCUGGAGAUCGCCAUGGUCUCGGCGGCGCUGACCGAGUACGGAGAGGCCGCGCUGGCCAAAAUGUACGAGAGGGGCGAGCUGGACGCGCUGCCCAACGUGCCGCUGCACACGCACAACCUGCGCAUGCCUGCCAAGCAGCAGGCGUGCCGAGACAACUCGGACGCCGCCAACAAGGACAAGCUGGAAGCAGCUCACUACAUCGGACUGGAGGUGAUGCUGCGGCUGAACGAGCGGCUGCCGGUAGAGCAGCGCAUGGGCGAGGAGCUGCGCGAGAUCCUCAACCACCCGAGCAACCUCCGCCUCAUGCUGGCGACGAGCAACCAGGUGCUGCACAAAAAGGUGGACGCGAUGCUGAUCAACGCCAAGGACGCGCCGCCACCGUCGGAGCUAGCUGAGACCAGCAAGAAGCAGGACCGAAAGAUCUCAGCGCGUGAAUACGACCGGCUGGUCCAGAUUGCGAAGCAUGCCCAAGACGAGGGGUUCCAGGACGCCAUGAUCGCAGCCAACGGCCACUAUUUGUACGUGAGCUUGCGGCAGCAGUUUAAUCGGCUCGACGUCGGUAGUCGACCUAAGCUCUGGGAUAUUGACAAGGACAAGCAGGAAUUGCGGCAAAUUCCUCGCGGCAGAUUCCGCUCGCCGUCACCAGCGCCACAUCCACCGAGGACGCCGCCCUCACCGGAAAAGAAAGCAGACCCGAAGCCCAGAAUGGCUUCAAUGACUACAGACUCGCAGUCUCCUCUUUCCCCAGAAAAGAAGCACCGAAACCCAUUUUCUCGCCUGGCAGCGAAAGUAUUCCACUCACACAGCAAGAAGAAGAAAAAGCAUGCAGCCGUCGCUCGAUCCGCUUCUACAACAGCAAUCGCUGAAGAGCCCGCUCGACCAGUCAAGGUGAAGGCCCAACCUGGACGUGGAACACCAAGCAAACAAGAGCCAAGGGUGAAAAAGAGCGCCACCAAACGCGCAGGUGCCGCUUCUCGAAAGGGAAAGUCAAGUCAGGCAAAGCGGAAACAGCGUCAGCCUCGCACUGCCGCAAAAGCGCCAGCCCGCCGCGAAAACCAAGAGAGUGGGGAUUUUGGCGACGACUCCUCUGCAGACGACAGCGAUUAUGUGGAUGAGUGCUCUGAGGAAGACGUCACAACGGACAAAACGGACAACGCAGACAGUCGAGUUUUCCACGUCGGUCCUCGCGGAGGCAAAUACAAUAUCAAUGGGGCGGGCAAGAAGGUGUACGUAAAGUAAAGGGCAACGUGGGCCCUGUGCUACGGGUGUGGCGGACCUCUGGAGGCUGCGGUUUUCUCGUGACCCAACGCUCUGUAUGCUUAUGACUAUUGUUCCUGUGGACUCGGACGCGCAAGCGCGACAGCGCUGUACAUUCGCUUCCUAUUUCAUGAAAGCACCACGGUAGACGUCAUAACAUC